UUUAAUCGAUUGAAUUUUUUAAUCGAUUACUGUCUAACUGACAGAUGAUUGGCCGCUUCACUAGUGAAUGUCUUUCAAAAGUGGUACCUCUUGAUGAGGAGGGAUUGUAAUCAUGGGUCGUGUGAUUCGUGCUCAGCGUAAAGGUGCCGGUUCAGUCUUCGUUUCACAUACAAAGAAAAGGAAAGGAGCGCCUAAACUUCGCUCUUUGGAUUAUGCUGAACGUCAUGGAUAUAUAAAGGGUGUGGUAAAGGACAUCAUCCAUGACCCUGGACGAGGUGCACCCCUGGCAGUGGUACACUUCCGUGACCCAUAUAAGUUCAAGACCCGAAAGGAAUUAUUUAUUGCCCCUGAAGGUCUCUACACUGGCCAAUUUGUGUACUGCGGCAAGAAGGCAACCCUUGAAGUUGGAAAUGUGAUGCCAGUAGGCGCUAUGCCUGAAGGUACAAUUGUCUGUAACCUUGAAGAAAAAAUGGGUGAUAGAGGCCGGCUGGCUCGUGCCUCUGGAAACUUUGCAACAAUCAUUGGCCACAACCCAGACGCCAAACGUACCAGGGUUAAACUGCCAUCAGGUGCAAAGAAAGUUCUCCCAUCAAGCAACAGAGGCAUGGUUGGUAUUGUUGCUGGCGGUGGACGUAUCGAUAAGCCCAUAUUAAAAGCUGGUCGUGCCUACCAUAAAUAUAAGGUGAAGCGUAACUGCUGGCCAUAUGUACGAGGUGUUACCAUGAACCCAGUAGAGCAUCCUCAUGGUGGUGGUAACCAUCAACACAUCGGUAAGGCUUCCACUGUAAAGAGAGGAACCUCAGCUGGUCGCAAGGUCGGUCUCAUCGCUGCUCGCAGGACAGGAAGAAUUCGCGGUGGCAAGACAGACACAAAGAAGGAGGCGUAAAUUUGAAUUAUUGCGUAAUAAAACUUUUAAAUCAA